AUGGAGACAAGCGACGAGGUCGACCGUGUUAAGAUGUUCACGGCCGCGAGGUCGGGUGAUCUAGACCUAAUCAAACGUCUUGUCCAGCAAGGAGAAUCUCUCGAAGAAAAAGAAGUCGAUGGACGGACCAUCCUAUACUUGGCCUGCAAAUACGGUCGCUACGAAUUGGUCGACUUUCUGCUCAAUGGAACAAGCGACACGAUCGCUUCCAUGAACGGGCCGACAGCAACCCCCGCAGCAGAGGAAUGCAUUGAUACCCAAAAGCCUGAGGUGGCAGUUGAUGCGAAUGGAGAUGCCGAGGCUACACAGGAGAACCACGACCUAGUCAUCCGCCUAGCCAGCGACGUCGAUGCUGCCACAGGCGCUCCCGACGCUCCCGACGCUCCUCAACCCCUUACCCACAACGGCAGCACCCUGCUAAACGUACCGAAUAUACGAGGGCAAACGCCACUACUAGUUGCAGCCUACAAGAACCACAAGAAGGUGGUAGAGCUUCUACUCGAUGCGGGCGCAGAGAUUGAUACACCAAACAACGUAGGCCAGACACCACUUCAUGCAGCUGCUGAGAGAGGAAGGCAUGGCAUAGUAAAGCUACUCUGCCAAAGGGGUGCGGAUCUUAACUCGAAAAACGAUAACGGCCACAGCCUGCUUUACUCGGCAUUGCUGAACAAGCAUUACGAGACUGCGGAGCUUCUGAUCUCCGAGGGUGUUGAUUUGAACAAUCAGCACGAGCCAGGUCGAACGGCUCUCUGUUUCUCCAUCGACCACGGCCUGCUCGAUAUAGCCAACUUGAUCAUCAAAAAGGGUGCAAAUAUCAAGAUUGGCAUGCCACUGCGCCAAGCUUCAGCCAAGGGAUAUUUGGAAGUAGUCAAGGAGCUCUUAGCUGCUGAUAUCACAGUUGUGAACCAGCAGGAUCCAAACCAUAAGGAUCAGACAGCUUUACAUGCGGCAGCAGCUGGAGGCUACUUUGAUAUUGUGAAGCUACUAGUGGAGGCUGGAGCAAAUUCGAAGGCGAUAAUGAACAACGGACAAAUGCCGUUGCACUUGGCUUGUACUGAUGGCUGGCUCGACAUCGCCGAAUACCUUCUUGCUGAUUGCCCUGAGCAAAUUCACGGUGUUGAUUGCAAUGGCUUCACGCCACUUCAUCUCGCUUCCCAAAGUGGCAAUCUUGAUUUGAUCAAACUUCUCCUCAACUAUGACCCGUUCACGGUUGUCUCCAUCAAUGAAUCAACUUCGGCAGACCAAAGCUCUCGGUCCCAACAGCAUCCGGAAUUAACCAUUGUCACUGAUGAUGUCAACGUUCGAAAUAAGAUGGGCUGGACACCGCUUCACUCGGCCGCUAAUUCGGGCCAUCAUGAUGCCGUCAAACUUCUACUUGAAAACGGUGCCGAUCAUUCGAUCUCAGAUAAUUCGGGCUGGACCCCGCUUCAGUCCGCCUCCUUCUAUGGGCACACUCAGGUUAUCGAAUUGCUUCUCGAACAGCCAGGCUGUGAGCCUCUCAAAGCGGAUGCUGCCGGUCGCACAGCAUUAUUCAUAGCCGCUUCACAGGGCCACCACCAAAUAGUCAACAAGCUACUUGCUUUACCUGUGAUGAACACCGACAUCAUCCUCCAGAGGGACAUUUACAACUCAACUCCAUUGUGUGCGGCCAUGAGAAAUGGAUAUUAUAAGACGGCCGCCGAACUCCUGAAAGCUGCCCGAGCUCCAUUAGAUACCAAAGAUUUCAAUGGAAAGACUUUGGCCGGUUGGGUGCGAGCUUCCGCCAAUGUGCAGCUCAAGGACAUGUUUCUCGAUACCGACUGGGAUGGGGGGGUUAAGAAUCGCAAUGUAAGCAAGGCUAGGGGAUUUUGCGAUUCGUACUGCCACAUGUGCAUGAAGCAUGUGACGAAGAAGGACUCUCGCUACUGGUGUAAUAUGUGUGCAGGUGGAUCUUUCAUCCUCUGCAAGGGCUGCCAUUAUGAAGGUUCGACAUGUCCGGGGCCCCACGAACUGGUAAAGGUCAAUAAAUGCUUGAUUCACUAG